UCUAAAUCUACAUAUCUCAUUCUCUCUCUUAACUCUAUGUAAAUCUCCUACCCAAACCCCAAAUUUUCCCGAGACCUCUCUAAAAAAAUUUCAAAACUUUCCGAGAGGAAAUUCUCCAAAUUUCCCAGAAAUUUCCCCAUAGCCUCAAACUCCCAGCUCUCCCUACCUCUCACCGAAAUCCCAAAAUUCUAGUCCUCUACUAAUAAUCUUUAUCCUGUGCUAUUACUUGCUUAUUUUCUUAUUCACUUUGUCUCUCUCUCCUUUUUUCGUGUGUGGGUUUCGUCGUUUUUGUUACACUAGAUAGCCAGUAUUUGAGCUCUGAAAUCUCCGUUAGACAUGGGGAAACUGCUAAAAGAGGUGCUCAAGACUCUUUGCGGUUCGAAUCAGUGGUCUUAUGCUGUGUUCUGGAAGAUCGGCUGCCAAAACCCUAAGCUGCUAAUAUGGGAAGAAUAUCACUAUGAAUCCUCAAAUUCUUCUCUACCUGCAAGCAUUUGUGGAGCUGGGAGUACUGAGCUACCUUUUGGAGAGUGGGAAAGACUAUUGAUGUCAUCUGAAACUUGCCCUUCUCAGCUUGGAAGUCAAGUGGGAGAUCAAGUCUCGGCACUUAUUAAAAAAAUGAUGAUUAGUAAUCAGAAUAGUUGGGCGAGCUGCAUUUACUGGAAACCAUCAAUGGAUUCUUUCAAAUAGUUAUGAUAAAUAUGUCCAUCCCCCAGAGAUCUUAAAUGAGAUGUGUCACCAAUUUUCAGUUGGCAUGCAGGUUUGCUGUCUUUAUCUGCCAUCUGCUAUUUUUGUCUAAUCUUUGUCCUGCUCAUUUGGAUCGUGGUGGAGGCUGGUGGAGCUAGCAAUGAGACCGAUUCGAUCCUCGCCAAGUCGGGACUCCGGACCAUUCAUGUUGGAUUCGAGCAGUGGAUGCCGAAUUAUUGGGAGGGUCGUCAUCGAUUGGAGGCUCGGAUGAGGCUUCGUGCAUUGAGGGGUUGGAGAUUGAAGGGGAGUUGCCUGAGAAAAAGACUUGUUAUGAAGGAGUAUUUUAUAAUUACUUUAGCAUAGGAAUGGAUGCUCAGGUGGCUUACGGCUUUCAUCAUUUACGUAAUGAGAAACCUUACCUGGCACAAGGACCAAUUUCUAAUAAGCUGAUCUAUUCUGGUUAUAGUUGCGAUCAAGGUUGGUUCUUUACACCUUGUACAGGUGAUCCACGAUUAAGGGGACUAACAAAUAUUUUAAGGUUGCAUGUCAAAAAGGUCAAUUGCUCAGAAUGGGAGCAAAUUACUGUUCCGUCAAGUGUAAGAGCUAUUGUUGCUUUAAAUCUUCAUAACUAUGGAAGUGGACGACAUCCCUGGGGUAAUCUGAAGCCAGAUUAUUUGGAAAAGAAAAAGUUUGUUGAGGCCCAUGCUGAUGAUGGUCUUCUAGAAAUUUUUGGCCUUAAGCACGGAUGGCAUGCAUCAUUUGUUAUGGUCGAACUCAUCUCUGCCAAGCACAUUGCUCAGGUAUAUUGAGAUGAUUUCUUUGGAACAAUUCUUGACAACAUUUGUAGUUGAGGCCUUUAGAAUGGAAGAAUGUAUUUCACUAAUUUUUGUAUACAUUUCUUGUUUUGUAUUUAGUGAUAAAGGAAUCAGAAUUGGGCAUAAAUUAUGUUUUAGUAUGAUUUCUUAAGCUUAGACUAGUAGACUAAAUAUUGUAAUUACAUUUGAGUAAU